UUAUGUUUUGGGGAAACCUGUCUUUAAAUUUCUCAUAUAAACCACCCAAAUAUGACCAGAAACGAAAUUUCCUUUAUCUAUAUAUAUAGAAACUCUCUCUAUUUAAUUUAUUCUCAUCUCUCAUCAUCAUCAUCAUAUGGUUCUUUAGCUACCCAGUGAAAACCCAUCUCUCAUCAAAACGACACAUAUAAAAUGGCACUAGAGGCUGUCGUUUUUCCACAAAACCCAUCAUAUUUUAGUUAUAGUUCUAAUAAAGAGCUCUACACCAUGCUCGGUGUAGGAGGAAACUGGGUCAGUUACGAAGAUGAAGACGACACUAACAACAAUAAUAUUAUUAAUAUUUAUGAUCAUCAAGCUGAUGCUACAGCUCCCUCAUUUGAUUUUCUCGCGAACCAAACGGAAAAUAGUACUACGUCUCCUUAUUAUGGGGAUUGGAACCCCUCACCUUCCUCUAUGGUACCUCACUUUAACGAACUUCAUCUCUCCAACUCCACCAAUAUUCCAUCUCCUGAUGCAACCAACGGUAAUAAUAAUAACACUGCCACUACGGAUGAAUUCCAACCGUUCGAUGCUUUGACCGGCUUCCCGCAGACAACGUUGACUAGUACUCGACCAAAACGACGCCGUUCUAGAAGCAGAAAGAACAAAGAAGACAUUGAAAACCAGAGAAUGACUCACAUUGCUGUUGAGCGAAAUAGAAGGAAACAAAUGAACGAAUACCUCUCUGUGCUUCGCUCUUUAAUGCCCGACUCUUACGUCCAAAGGGGUGACCAAGCGUCGAUUAUUGGAGGGGCUAUAAAUUUCGUUAAGGAGCUAGAGCAACAAGUACAAUUUCUUGGUGCCCAGAAAGAUCAUCAUCAAAGUAAUAAUGAUCAUAACCAGAGCUCAGAGGACCGUGAACUUAAUAUGCCGUUUUCUGAGUUCUUCACCUUCCCACAGUACUCGACUACUAGCUCGAAUACCGCUACUCAGUGUGAAAAUAACUCAGUGGUGGAAGCCAUGGCGGCUGGAGAAUCGUCAAGGUCGGCCAUUGCUGACAUUGAAGUAACAAUGGUGGAGAGUCACGCAAGCCUGAAAAUAAGGUCGAAGAAAAGAUCAAAGCAGUUGCUGAAAAUGGUAUCUGGAUUACAUAAUUUAAGACUCACAGUACUUCAUCUUAAUGUCGCAACCCAAGAUCAAAUUAUCUUAUAUUCAAUCAGUGUUAAGGUGGAAGAUGACUGCAAGUUGAGUUCAGUGGACGAAAUAGCGACAGCAGUGUAUCAGAUCCUGGCUACAAUUCAAGAAGAGUCCUUUAUAAUAAUGCCCAAUUGAUUAUCAAAAUUGGUGAGGAUUCAACUUUUUUUUUUUUCUUAUUUAUGAUUAUUAACGAAUUUGGUAGACCUAGCUAGCUCUCUAGCUAGUUCUGUGUUUAUUAAUUACUAGCGAUAUAAGUAUGAUGAAAUUAUGAUCACAAUCAUGUAUACCAUGUUUGCGGAAUAUGUGACCAAAAUUAAUUAAUACAUUUUAAUAAUAUAUAUGUUUCUUAA